AUGUGUCUAUUCAGAUGCGUGGCAGCAACUGGAGAGAAAAGGCCCGUGAAUAUCGAGAUCAAAAACCCCUGUGGUAAGGGAUACCUGUCCUGCCGAGAUGGGGAGUGCAAACCGCAAAGCGCCUUCUGUGAUGGUCGAACAGACUGUGCUGACGCCUCUGACGAGUUCCCCGAGUUCUGUCCGGGAGCCCUAAAGGAUGUUAUUAUCAAACCAGGCCGGAUCGUGAAACCACCAUGGACUCGAUUCUCUUUCAUCUGCACAGAUCGCUUUGGUCGGCGGCCGACAGUAAUCUUCGCGGACUCUCGCCUGCCUGUUGAUGGCGACAGCCGUUUCCGCGUCGUCAGGUUGAACGAAAGUACUAUUGAGGUCAUUGCACCUCGUGGCCUGCGUGGACCCAAAGACAGCACAAACAUAACGUAA